AUGUUCGUGGAACGUAAACCGGAAGGCUACGGUCUGAAGUGUCACCAUGCUAUAAAGUCCGUUUGCGAGGUUCUCGGAAUCAAGGAUCUCCGAGCAAAGUUCGAGGGAUCAACCAACCCCCAUGUGGUCAAGGCGUUCUUCGUGGGAUUGCUACAGCAGAAGAGCCAUCAGCAGAUUGCCGAAUCGAAAGGAUUGCACGUCGUAGAAUUCCGCCCAGAAAAUGGAAACUUCCCAAAGGUGGUCGCCAGUCCAACCGCAUGCCGAACUGAGGAGAACCUAGAACACAACGAGAUCCUGGACUACACGCAGUUUUGCAUGGAUGGCAAGAUUCAGCUCAAAAGGUAGAAGCUCCCGCCAUUCUACACCAUAUACCGGUCGUAUGAAAUCUACAUGAAAAAGCGGGAAUAUUUGCGGAACCAGGACAAGGUGCGGCUGCGACUGUUGGCGGAAACCGGAGAGGUUCACAGCUAUCUGACCGACAAGUACCCGGAAUGUAAAAUGGGCCCGGUGCCAAAGGAAGAAUGAAAACUGUAAUAUU